ACUUUCUUCUAGAAGUUAGACGGUAGCCAUCCUCUUCUACGAAUUGAGAAUAUAGCAUUAAUCUAAUAUUCCCGAAUCAAGUGUUUUCUAAUUAUAAAAGUGAGUAAAACUCAAAGGGAUAACUUGAAUAAAUUUAACCAAAGCCGAAAAUCUCUAUUAUACCAACUCUUUAUAUACUGUAGUGCUGUAGUGUGUGCAUUUGUUAUUUACCUUUUUCAUCAUUUUUUUAUAGACUACUCUAAAAAGAUCCUGUUUCUCUCUCUCUCUCUCUCUUUUCUAUUAAUCCAUCAAUGCUACCAUUCAAUAAAAUUAAGUCAUUAAAUAAAUAAACGUGGCGAGAUAAAUUUUUUCCAGAAAACUUCAAUAUUCGAGCUAUGUCUAUCAAAGCGAAAAGCUACAAUUGGAAAGAUACGAAUCUAUCUCUUUUCGGAUCGGAUACUGAAAAGAAAGUUAAAAAGGAGUCUGCCAAUCAAGAACCAGCUUGGGAAGGUGCCGGAGAAAAUGUUGGAUUAAAAGUAUGGAGAAUAAUGAAGUUUCAAGUUACCGAUUGGCCUGAAGAGAAAUAUGGAGAAUUCUUCUCAGGAGAUUCCUACAUCAUUCUAAACACAUUCAAAGAUGAAGAAAGUGACGCUCUUAAUUACGACGUCCAUUUUUGGAUUGGUAAAAAUAGCUCUCAAGAUGAAUAUGGAACAGCUGCUUAUAAGACUGUUGAACUCGAUACUUAUUUGAAUGAUGCUGCUAUUCAACAUCGAGAAGUUCAAGGCGUCGAGAGUUCUUUAUUCAAUUCUUAUUUUCCUUCGAUGAUCUUUAAUGAAGGUGGCGUAGAUUCUGGAUUUCGCCGAGUUGAAGAAACUGAAUUUAUAAUAAGACUCUAUAGAAUUAAAAGUUACGGGAAAACAGUCAAGAGUUUUGAAAUCCCAUUGAAAAAACGCUAUGUAACGUCGGACGAUGUUUAUGUUUUGGAUAAGGGAUCGGAUAUUUAUCAAUGGAACGGAGGUAGUUGUAGACAUAAUGAAAAGUGGAAGGCUGCGGAAUGCGUUAGUAGAUUGAAAAUCGGAAGGUCAAAUGUCAAUAUUCAUAACCUUGAAGAAGGGGAAUUGGACAGUGAGUUUUUUGACGUUAUCGAAGACGACGGUGAAGGAGAAAUUGAUGAAAGAGAUAUUGAGAAUGAUUUAUCCGAUUGUGGAAAAGCUCUUAUAAGAGUAUCCGAUGCUAAAGGGGAAAUGGAGAUGAUGGAAAUCAGCAGAGAUGAGGAGAUAAGUAGAUCAAGUUUAGACUCGAAUGACGUUUUCGUAGUUGACGUUGGAGAUACUGUAUUUAUAUGGAUAGGGAAGGAUGCUUCGGAAAAUGAGUCGAGGAAUGGUUUUGGAUAUGCUCAUCGUUAUCUUCAGAAGACCGCAAAUCCCCUUCGACCUAUUACAGUAAUUUCUGAAGGGAAGAAGAAUGAUCAUUUUAUUGCUUCAACCAAUCCCUGA